UUUGAACUCAUUCUCUUCCUCUUCGUAUCAAAGAACCAAAAACAGUGUUCAACGUCAAUGCCUAAAGAAUGAAAAGAAUCAUUAGGUUUCAUCAAUUUUCAACAAUAUCAAUCCAAACAUUCCCAAAAAAACACUAUCUCCCAAUUCCUCACCAAACAAUUCCUCAACCAAAAGGACAAGACCUAGAUUUCAUAAACGUUUUUCACAGUAAUAUCAUCCACUCUCAAUGGGAAAAACUCAAUCCUUUAUCAAACUCACUAACCCCAUUCAGAAUCAAACACAUUCUCUUAAAACUCCAAAACGACCACGUUUUAUCUCUUAAAUUCUUCAAUUGGGUUAAUACUCAUAACCCUAAUUCUCACACCCUUCAAACCCAUUCAUUCAUCCUCCACAUUCUCACCAAAAAUCGAAACUUUAGAACAUCACAAUCAAUAUUCAGUAAAAUCAUCACUGAUUCAAAUCUCUUUGAAGCAUUGCUUCAUUCCUACCGUUUAUGCAAUUCUUCACCCCUUGUUUUUGAUACCCUUUUCAAGACUUUUGCUCAUAAAAACAAGCUAAGAAAUGCAACUGAUACUUUUGUUAAAAUGAAGGAAUAUGGUUUUUUUCCAUCUGUUGAGUCUUGCAAUGCUUUUCUUAGUUCAAUGCUUUACCUUAAAAGACCUGAAUUGGUUUUAUCAUUCUAUAAGCAAAUGGUUUGUGAUUGUAUUUCACCUAAUGUUUACACUCUCAACAUGGUUAUUUCUGCUUAUUGUAAGUUAGGUGAAUUGAAUAAAGCUUAUGAGGUUUUGGAGAAGAUGAAGGAUAUGGGUUUGUGUCCUAAUGUUGUUACUUUUAAUGCUUUGAUUUCUGGGUAUUGUGAAAAGGGUUUGCUUGGUUUGGCUUUAAAGGUUAAAACUUCGACGAUGGGGAAUAAUGGGGUGUGUCCAAAUGUUGUUACUUUUAACACUCUUAUUAAUGGGUUUUGUAAAGAGGGGAAAAUGCAUGAAGCUAAUAGGGUUUUUAGUGAGAUGAAGUUGGCUAAUGUGGCUCCUAAUGUUGUUACUUAUAAUACUUUGAUUAAUGGGUUUGGUCAAGUUGGUAAUAGUGAAAUGGGGAUUAGGAUUUUUGAGGAGAUGGAGAGGAAUAAAGUGAAGGCUGAUAUUUUGACUUAUAAUGGAUUGAUUUUGGGAUUUUGUAAAGAAGGGAAGACUAAGAAAGCUGCUUAUUUGGUUAAGGAGCUUGAUAAGCAAAAUUUGGUACCAAAUGCAUCAACUUUUUCAGCUCUUAUUUUAGGUCAGUGUGUGAGAAACAAUUCGGAACGUGCUUUUCUUGUUUAUAGAACCAUGGUGAGGAGUGGUUAUAGUCCAGAUGAGAAUACUUUUAGGGUGUUGGUAUCUGCUUUCUGUAAGAAUGAAGACUUUGAUGGAGCUGUGGAAGUCUUGAGGGACAUGUUGGACAGAUUCAUGGCUCUUGAUUCUUGUAUUUUGUCUGAGGUUUGUAGUGGACUUUGUAGGUGUGGGAGAAAACAGUUGGCAUUGAUGCUGUGUAGUGAAAUUGAAGCCAAGCGUUUAUUGCCACAAGGUUUUGACAAAGAAAAAAUAGUCAUCAAUAGUAUAGAUAAUGAGACAAGUAAUUGAAUUUGUUAGUUAGGUUGAUUUUUGCCUAUGUGUUGUAGGAUUUUUGAAGCUGUCAAUUACAUGCUUCAUUGUAAAGAAUGUUUCAUUAAAUAAAUCAACCACAAAAGAUAUAUAUACUUUGAGAUUGA